AUGGCAACGCCUAUUCCAGGAGACCGAUUUAUACGCACAUUUACGCAUUAUCUCGAUUCCAAUGAAAUUAGGCUCACGAGCGGCAACCCCUCGCUGAAGAAAAGAAAGUCAGACGACGGCGCAAAGAAGCGUAACGGAACAACAGCAGGAGCAACACCCGAUAUUAAUAAUAGUAGCAAUAAUACCCCAUCGAGCAUUGCCACAGCAAUGACAUCGCUUUUCACUGGCGGUGGUAGCAGUGGCUCAAGCGCAAAUAACGACGUCUUAAGUAGCAGCCAAAGCUUCAAAACGUCCACGACGGGAGGCACACCAGCUUCUUUGUAUGGUAUACAAGUUCCAUACAUGUCUUUACUUAUGGCCGCGUCACCGACCGCAUCUGCCUUAUCGAUGACUCCAUACAUGCCUCCACGAUGCACACUGUCGCUGGAUAUCCAUCAUUACUAUUUUCUGCUUGUCCAGUUUGAACAUCUCGGUUUUGAUGUAGGCGACCCAGCACUGCUUGGCGAGAUACCGGAAGACGGGGUGGUUGAAACAGAAACGUCGGUCAACGAUGAAGCAAAAGCACCUUCGAUCAUGUCUGUAGGGUCGAUCGCAUCGACCAUGUCGACGCUGUCGCUAUCGACGGGAUGGAAUUUCUGGCAAAAAGGGACGGACCGGGAGGAACAGCACAAGCCGCUCCACGAGGAUAUCAUGCACAUUUACAAAUUCUUUGCACGCGUGUCGGCGCUCAAACUGCAAAUGAACCUACUGAUCGAUCCGCACAAUGCCACAACACGAAGCAGUCAGCGUGCGAUCACGCAUUACGAACAACCAUUACCCCAGGAUGGGUCGGUCAUACUGUCGUUGUCCCCGUUUCAAACACUGUCGUUUCUAGAACUUUCCGGUAUCCACCCCAGAUUCAUCGAUGGAUGGGCACAGCUACGCCAGAACCUCGUCAGUUUGGUCGUCAAGGGUGCGAACGUCGAGGAUGCAGCAGAUGUGAUCAAUAAGGAUCUGGAAAACGGAGCAAAAGCACAAGCAGACAGAAAAGAGGAAGAGGAGGAACGGCAGGGGAACGUAUCCUGGCAACAAUUGAAAAUGCUGUCUCUUGCGGAUAACAAUCUGACAACCCUUGACAACGAGCCUUUGCGACGGAUACAGUCGGUCACCCAUCUCAACUUGUCCAGCAACUUACUGAUUGACGUCCCAGCAGCACUGUCGAACCUAUACAACUUGCAGUCACUGCAACUGGCGUACAACAUGGUUUCGUUCGUCAAUGGCAUCAACACUGUCCUGGGCAAUGUGCAGGAACUGGACCUCCGAGGAAAUCGACUGACAAUGCUGGCAGGACUGGAUCGGUUGUGGGCGUUGGAGAGACUGGACCUGCGAGACAAUCGGAUUGAAGACUCGGCAGAGAUCGGACGACUCACCACACUUCCGAAUCUGGAGGACGUGUGGGUUCAGGGUAACCCGUUUACGAUCAUACAGCCCGAUUACCGUGUCGACAUCUUCAGUACAUUCAAGCAAGCCGGUCUCGAAAUCCAAUUGGAUGGCUCGCGCCCAACAUUUGCCGAGCGACGACGUGUAAGCGCAUCAACAACAACAACAGACCACUACAAAGCACCUGCAGCGUCUGUUGCGCCACCGGUAUGGCCAACUGCACAGGCGGGCGCAGCAGCAGCAGCAGCAGCGACAGCGACAGGAGGAUCGAGCGGUGGCGAAUCAGACUCGACAAAGACAGAACAACGACCACAACAGCCAAAGAUUGCACGCGCUAAAACGAGAAAGUCGAAACGCGUUAUCAAGCUAGGACAGCAGCCAGACGAAGAAGGGAAAAGGCAGGAGCAGAAGCAACAGGGAGAAGACGAAGCUGGUGGUCGUCGGAUGCAUCGGGUCGCUGAGCUAGAAGAAGACCAGCUUGUACGCAGAGCAUCGACAUCAUCGUCGUCUCGAAAACGCCGAUCUCGAUCCAAGGUGCGACGUAGUCAGUCGCCCAGCGAAGACAAGAAGGACGAGCAAAAGCAUCGAUCGGUGUCACCGGCAACACAGAGUUUUCGACGCAAGAUCGAGUCUAUGCGACGUGAAGCUGGAACGGAAUGGCUGCGUGUCUUGCAAGAGAUGGAGCUUGGCAAAUCUAAACAAAAUACCAGCACUACUACUGCUACUGCGACCGAUAAAUCGUGA